AUCAUCGACAACAAGAAUCUUCGCAGCUACCUUUGCUACAGUCCAUCUUCUCAAUUCCGUAACUUGCAAAGUCUUCGGGUCAUUUCCCUCCAAACUUCAAUCAAAAUGCAGUUCUCCAUCAUUGCCAUCUCCUUCCUUGCCUCCCUCGCUAUGGCCUCGCCUGCCAAGCGCGGCGGUGGUGGUGGCGGCUCUGGCUCUGGCUCUGGCUCUGGCUCUGGCUCUGGCUCCGGAGGCGGCUCCACGACCUACACCGCUUGCAGCUCCACUCUGUACAGCGAGGCUCAGUGCUGUGCCACCGACGUCCUCGGCGUUGCUGACCUGGACUGCGAGACUGUUCCCGAGACCCCCACCAGCGCAUCAAGCUUCGAGUCUAUCUGCGCCACGUCCGGCAGAGAUGCCAAGUGCUGCACGAUUCCUCUCCUCGGCCAGGCUCUCCUCUGCCAGGACCCAGUUGGUCUGUAAGGGGAUUCCGAAGUCUGAUAGCAGAUCGACCGUGCCCAAGCCCAGGCUCGCAGGUGGCACUUGCAAAAGUUGAGGUUGAGAUGCUUCGGAGUUGAUUAGACACACGUAGCAAAGGUGAAGGGAUUGGGCCCUUUGAUGCGAACUGCCACUCCUUUUUUAAUGUCUUUUUGUCUUCACAUCAAAGUGUAAUAAUUUGGCCCAUCCUUUCUUGCUCUUUUAUUCAUAGUUAGCUGGCGCCGUUAUUAGCAAUCCAUUGAGCUCAAUGCAUGCGUGGCUUGACGUUGCA